UCGACGAAAUGAGAAAAGCCCUUAAAUUACGUGGUAAUCUGUUUUUGGAUAAGGUUGUAAACUGUACACAAAAGAUUGUUAAAUAUGGGCAUCCAUUUAUUUACGAAGGAUCUAAUAUAUUGGUUCACUCUUAUUCACCAGUUGUUUUAGAGACUUUUUUGUUUGUUAAGAAACUUGGGAAACGUUUCUGUGUGUAUGUUACUAAAUCUGCACCUGACAACAGUGGGGAAAUAAUGUAAUUGAAAGCUCAUGGAAUCCAAUGUUCACUAAUACUUGACGCUGCCAUUGGACAUUUUAUUGAAAAGGUUGACAUGGUUAUGGUUGGUGCUGAUGGUGUUGUUGAGAAUGGAGGUAUAAUCAAUAAAAUAGGAACUUAUCCUUUAGCAUUAUGUGCUAAAGCUUUCAACAAACCUCUUUAUGUGUUGGCUGAAAGUUACAAAUUUAUCCGUCAUUAUCCAUUAAAUCAAGCAGACAUACCACAACCUAUUCGAGGAUCAGACAAAAGGAUUCGAAGGAAAAGCGGCACAGUCGACGAGUCAACCGGUGUUGUCGACUCAUUGGCAGCAUAGUUCCAGUUGUUGGUCAUCAAA